AUGAGUGUUGAAGAGUACUUGACUGCGGUGUUGUUUUCGCCCGAGGUUAGAGCUUCUGCUGAAUAUCAAUUGGAACAGCUAGCCACUAAUCUGUUUGAUCAAUUUGUGGAGCUGCUUCUUCUGACUAUUAUAAACAAGCAUGUGAGAUUUGAAGUUCGGAUCUUGGCUAUUUUAACUUUAAAGAAUAAAUUUGUAGCCAACGAUGGGAAGAAGAAAUUGGAAAAUCAACAACGAUGGAUUCAUUUACCUUCUGAACUCAAAUCCAAUGUUAAAAGAGCAUCUUUAGAAUUAUUAAAUGAUGAGAAUGAACAAGUAGGGAGACAAAUUGCUCAAUUGAUUUCUGCAAUCGGUGACAUUGAAUUGCCCAAAAAAGAAUGGAAUGAAUUAAUCCCCACUUUAAUUGAGAAUACCAGUACAGAAGCUAAUGAAUCCACAAAGAAAGCUUCUCUUUUAACAAUUGGAUAUAUCUGUGAGGUGGCAGACCCUACCAAUCCAGAGAUUAUCAGUCAAUCAAAUGGUAUCUUAAUCACUAUUGUUCAAGGUGCUCAAAGUAAGGAACCUUCAACUGCGGUAAGAUUAACAGCUUUAAACUCAUUGGCUAAUGCUCUAGAAUUCAUCACGAAGAAUUUCGAAGUAGAAGCUGAAAGAAAUUAUAUCAUGCAAGUUGUUUGCGAAGCUACUCAAGCUGAACUGACUGAACUACAAGCUAGUGCCUUUGGUUGUUUAUCCAAAAUUAUGACAUUAUACUACAAACACAUGUCUGUCUAUAUGGAAAAGGCUUUGUACGGAUUGACCGUUAGUGGUAUGCAUAGUUCUGAUGACAAGGUUGCUUGUAUGGCUGUUGAAUUCUGGUCAACGGUUUGUGAGGAAGAAAUGGACAUUGCCAUUCAGAAGGAAGAAUAUCCAACUUUGAACUUGGAUCAUUUCAACUUUGCUACCGUGGCAAUUCAUGAUGUUGUACCAAACUUAUUAACUUUGUUAACAAGACAAAAUGAAGAUCCAGAAGAUGACGAUUGGUCAGUGGCUAUGGCAGCUGCUGCUUGUUUGCAAUUGUUUGCCCAAUGUACUGGUAACUACGUUUUAAAUCCAACUUUGGAGUAUGUCAGUGCCAAUAUUGGUAAAGUUGAUGGUGAAGAAAGUUGGAGAAACAGAGAAGCUGCUGUUAUGGCAUUCGGUUCUAUUUUGGAUGGUCCGGACAAUAAUGCAUUGGUGUCAAUGGUUGGUCAAGCCUUGGAAUCGAUUUUGAACUUGAUCAAUGAUAAUUCCUUACAUGUCAAGGAAACUGUUGCAUGGUGUAUUGGUAAAAUUGCUGAUACUGUCAUUGAUAGUCUUGAUGAGACAAGUUUACCACAAGUUAUGAAUUGCUUAGCAGUAGGUUUGCAUCAACAUCCAAAGGUUUGGACUAACUGUUGUUGGGCUUUGAUCAACAUUUUAGAACAAAAAUGUGGGAAUAGUUCUGGUUCUCCAACCUCUAUCAUGUCUCCAUAUUACGAAGGCUUUAUUCCAAUGUUGGUCACGUUGAGUAACAGACCAGAUAAUGAAUAUAGUGCUAGAGCAUCAGCUUAUGAAGCGUUAUCUGCAUUUGUUAUUUUCUCUGCAGAAGAUACUUUACCAUUAGUCCAAAGCAUUGCUCAAGAAGUAAUGAACAGAUUACAGGAACUGUUUGCUAUACGUGAACAAGUUGUUUCUGUUGAUGAUAAGACAAAUUUGGAAGACGUUCAAAUAAAUAUUUUGGCAUUGUUGACCAACGUUAUUAGGCGAUUGAAGUCUGAAGUAUUAACUGCUUCUGAUAGAUUGAUGGAAAUCUUUAUUAAAUUGUUGUCUCUUCAAGAUGAGAAUUCAUUGAUUGAUGAAGAUGUUUUCAUUGCAAUUUCUGCAGUCGCUGAUGCCACGGGUGCUGGGUUUGACAAGUAUAUGAGCACCUUUUCACCAUAUUUGGUGAAGGCAUUACAGAACAUUGACUCACCUACUUGUGACACUGCUAUUGGCUUAGUUGCAGACUUGAGUCAAUCGUUGAGAAAAUUGAUUUUGCCAUACAUACAGACAAUUCUCCAACUUUUGGGAGAAACAUUGAACAAUCCUAAUAUAAGGAGAGAAUUGAAGCCAGCUAUUUUAUCAUGUUUUGGAGAUAUUGCAAAUGCCAUUGGAGUUGCGUUCCAACCUUAUGUUGAGACAGUUGUCAACAUAUGUGUAUCUGCUUCAAGCAUGCGGGUGGAGAAGAAUCAAAUUGAAGAGGUUGAUUACGUUUUGUCUGUGAAGGAGGCUGUUUUGGAUUGUUAUGUGGGUAUAGUUAGUGCAUCCAGUGAAGAUCCAUCGAUGAUUCUGAAUUUCAUCCCAGUUAUUUUCCAAUUUUUGGAGGAAGUUAAUAAUGAUUACAACUUAAGUACUACUGAUGCUGUUAUGAAGGCAUCUGUGGGUAUUUUAGGGGAUAUUGCUCAAAUUUUCCCCUAUGGUGAAUUCAGAGCAGCAUAUUUGCAACCUUGGGUAACUGAAUUCAUUAAGAAGGCAAGAGGAAACCCAGAUUUCAGUCCUCAAACCAAGGAUACUGCCAGAUGGGCUCGUGAUUUGCAGAAACGUCAAAUCCAAUUGCAAUAA